CAGUUACGAGAAAAUCUUUUUCAAUAAAGUUGAUCUCGUUAGAGCGGAUCAUGGUCGUUGGGAAAUAGAGUAUGAAGACGUACCAAAGCGUAUGGGAACAAUCAACAAUCUGGGAAAAUUUGAUGCGGAUUUCUUCGGAUUUUCUGUUGAGCAAGCACAUGCAUGUGAUCCAAUGUUGAGAAUGUUACUGGAACAUUCUUAUGAAGCAGUUAUCGAUGCGGGAAUUAAUCCGAAGCAAUUACGAGGAAAAAAUACUGCAGUAAUAGUAGGAUUAGCUUAUAAUGAAUCACAAGUGAAACUUCUAUAUGAGGAUUUUCAGAUAGGCGGCAUAAAUAUUAUUGGAUGUAGCAGAGCCACAAUAGCAAACAUGAUUUCGUAUUUUCUGAACCUGAAAGGGCCAUCUUACACGAUGGAUUCUGCAUGUAGCUCUGCAAUUCACGCCAUAGCUCUUGGUUAUCAUUGCAUCAUGUCAGGCAAAUGCGAAGAUGCGAUAAUUGGGGCUACAUCUUUAUGCUUACAUCCAAUAGUGAAUUUUCAGUUCUCACGUCUUGGUAUUAAAAAUAAAUUAAUUAUAAUAUAUUAAGAAUAAAUUAAAUUUUU